AGAAGCACCUCUCUCUACCGAGAACACCACAUCUCUCUACAGAGAACACCACAUCUCUCUACAGAGAACACCAUCUCUCUCUACAGAGAACACAACCUCUCUCUACAGAGAACACCACCUCUCUCUGCAGAGAAAAGCACAUCUCUACAGAGAACACCAACUCUCUCUACAGAGAACACCACCUCUCUCUACAGAGAACACCACCUCUCUCUACAGAGAACAUCACCUCUCUCUACAGAGAACACCACAUCUCUCAACAGAGAACACCAUCUCUCUCUACAGAGAACACCACCUCUCUCUACAGAGAACACCACCUCUCUCUACAGAGAACACCACCUCUCUCUGCAGAGAAAAGCACAUCUCUACAGAGAACACCACAUCUCUCCACAGAGAACACCACCUCUCUCUAAAGAGAACACCACCUCUCUCUACAGAGAACACCACAUCUCUCUACAGAGAAAACCACAUCUCUCUACAGAGAACACCAUCUCUCUCUACAGAGAACACCAUCUCUCUCUACAGAGAACAUCACCUCAUUCUACAGAGAACACCACCUCUCUCUACAUAGUACACCACCUCUCUCUGCAGAGAAAAGCACAUCUCUACAGAGAACACCACCACUCUCUACAGAGAACACCACAUCUCUCUACAGAGAACACCAUCUCUCUCUACAGAGAACACCACCUCUCUCUACAGAGAACACCACCUCUCUCUGCAGAGAAAAGCAUAUCUCUACAGAGAACAUCACCUAUCUCUACAGAGAACACCACCUCUCUCUACAGAGGACACCACCUCUCUCUGCAGAGAAAAGCACAUCUCUACAGAGAACAUCACCUCUCUCUGCAGAGAACACAACCUCUCUCUACAGAGAACACCACCCCUCUCUUCAGAGAACACCACCUUUCUCUGCAGAGAACACCACCUCUCUCUACAGAGAACACCACCUCUCUCUGCAGAGAAAAGCACAUCUCUACAGAGAACACCACCUCUCUCUACAGAGAACACCACCUCUCUCUACAGAGAACACCAUCUCUCUCUACAGAGAACACCACCUCUCUCUACAGAGAACACCAUCUCUCUCUACAGAGAACAACACCUCUCUCUACAGAGAACACCACCUGUCUCUAAAGAGAACACCACCUCUCU